AUGGAAACCCGUAAAAAUAAUCAUAUGUUUUCAAAAGUUGGAACAAAAGAAUUUAUAUACAUUCUUUUUGUCAUUUGUUCAUAUCUGAAUACGUUCAACUAUAAAUAUGCCAACUCAUACAAAGGGAAUGAUUUUAGGAAUUUAUCUGAAGCAAUUAUACAAGAACAGAAUUUAAGGAAAGUCCAUGUACAAUCAUUACCUAUAGAAGAAACAACCUCACAGGAAACAAACUCACAGGAAACAACCUCAAAAGCAACAACUUCAAAAGCAACAACUUCAAAAGCAACAACCUCAAAAGCAGCAACAUCAAAAGCAACCACUUCACAAGCAACCACUUCACAAGCAACCACUUCACAAGCAACCACUUCACAAUCAACCACUUCACAAUCAACCACUUCACAAGCAACAACAUCUCAAGCAACAACAUCACAAGAAUCACAUGAACAACUAACUGCAGCAUCAUUAAAUGCAGAUGAAACACAAUCAAACAAUGUAAGUAAUAAAAUUCAUAACUUACCUGUAGCAGCCGCAGACGGUACAGUAUCAAAUGAAUUUAAAACACAACCUCAAAGUGCAUAUGAAAGAAAAUUAUUUGAAGAAUGGCAACAUCUAAAUAUGUUUGAACAUUCUAAUUGGGUAAAUAUAACAGUACAAAGUUGUCAAGUUUUAGUACAAGGAUUAACAUCAUUAGAUGAUUAUGAUGCUAAAUUUAAAAGUUGGUCUGAUAUGGUAGAACUGCUAGGAGAAUUUCGUAUGACAUUAUAUAAUGAAAGUAAUAAUGUUUUCGAAGCAUUAUUAAAUGAAUUUAGAGAAGCAAGAAAAGAAAAACCAAAUGAAAACUUAACACCAGAAGAAGAAGAACAAUGGGAUUUCAUAAAACAAACUAAACUAGAAAAAGAUAUUGAAUGGAAAAUUUAUCAAAUAUUAACAUGGAAAUAUUGGAAUCAAAAAGAAUUCCCAGGUGUUGAUAUACCUGAUCCUUCUGUACCUCCUCUAGAUUUUGAUGCCACAUAUGAUGUUUUUGGAGAUAUUAUUGAAGAUGAAGAAGAAUAUCAAGACGAAGACGAAAAUGAAGAUGAUCAAAAUAUAAAUUCUCCAUAAAAAAUAAAUAAAUAA